AGUUUACGGUGAACGGCGCUCAGGUACGGACGGCGCGCGUGGCGACUGGUCAGUGCGGUCACGUGGUCGGUAGGUCAUGUGUCAGCAGUGAGAGACGCUCCCGAAGCCGUUAACACAGACACGGAAGUACAGAGAAAGCCCGGAGAGACAGAGGAGCAAAACCAGCCGUCACGAUGCGGAGACCGGUGAUAGCCGCGCUGCUGGUGCUGGCUGCCGCCUCCUCCGGCCGCGCCCAGUGCCCCUGGCCGAGGGAUAUGGCCGACCUGCACGGCUCCUGCGUGUGCGCGCGGCCCGCCGGAGCCGCUCUCUCCGUGCAGUGCCAGUUCGUCGACUUCAGCCGGCUGCUGGGCGCGCUGCGGGCCGCCGUACCCAACCAGGAGCUGGACCUGCUGUACGUCACCAACAGCACCAUCCGCAGUCUGCCCAGCAACGUGUUCGCCAACAUCCCCGUGCAGAACAUCCAGUUCUCCGACUGCGACCUUGAGGCCAUCGCGCCGGGCGCGUUCGCCGGCCUGGAGUCACGGCUGCGCAACCUCAACCUGGCGUCCAACGGUCUGACAGACGUGCCCACCGAAGCACUUCAGAAGCUGAAGCGACUCGAGCUGCUGGACCUAUCCAAGAACCGGAUCGAGUACGUCGCCGACGGCGCCUUCAAGACGCUCUCGCUGCAGACGUUGAAGUUGGCCGACAACAACCUCACCCUCAGCGGCGGCGCCUUCUCCGGGCUCGACAAGUCGCUGAAGAACCUGAACCUGAAGGGCACCGGACUACGCUCGCUGCCCGAGGGUGUCAACAGCCUCUCCAGCCUCGCCUUCCUGGACCUGGCCCAGAACAGCAUCACCCAGCUCCCCACAGCCGCCUUCGCCGGCAUGGGAUCUCUGACGGCGCUCAACCUGGAGCGGAACCUGAUCCAGGUGUUGGAACCGACCGUCUUCCGGGGCGUGAACGACACGCUCAGUUCGCUCAGCCUGCUGAAUAACCUGAUCGCCGACUUUCCGACCGACGCCAUGAGGAUCAUGGGGCGACUUAGGGUGCUCGACAUCGGCUUCAACCUGCUGACCGAGCUGCCGGACAACUGUCUCAAGUCGAUGACGUCGCUCACGCUGCUGGCGCUCGACGGGAACCCGCUGGCCACACUGCCGGAGGCGGCGUUCAGCCACCUGCGCUCCACGCUGCGCGGCCUCAGCCUGGGCGGCCGCUUCCUGACGUGCGACUGCCGCGUGCGCUGGAUCGCCCAGUGGAUCCGCGACGCCGACCUGCAGGUCACCAGCCGCGAGCGGAACCCGCAGUUCUGCGGCAGCCCGCCUGACUUCCGCGACCGGACCUUCUACCAGCUCAACGUCGAAGAGUUUGUCUGUGUGGCCGAGACCACCACCACCGAGCGCCGACCGCCGUCCACAUCUCAGGAGACGACGACCGAGCGUCGGCGAACCACCGAGCGACGUCGCAUCGCGCGGCCCCGUCCGCCGGCGCCACGACCCACCGCCGCCCCCGCUGCACCCGUCGACACCACGCCGCAGCCGACGCCGCCGACGCGCCGUCCGACGGCCGAGGUGCAGAUCACCCGGCGUCCCGAGGCGACCACCUUCCGGCCGGUGUACACCCAGCCGCCGUACCGGCGCGCGCCCUCCUCCGAGGCGCCCGUAGUGGCGGCCGCCGCGCCCACCGCCCGGCCCAGCCUCAUCUUCAAGCCCGAGUCGGCGUUCGGCGGAGCAGCCUCGCGCACCGGCCAGGCAGCCGAGGAGGUGCGGGUGCAGGACGCGUACCGCCGCGGCAGCGCCGUAGUCAUACAGUGGGAGUCGGAUGUCCCCAACAUCCUCGGCUUCCGAGUGGUGUACCGCCUCUUCGGCGACGACGUCUUCAAGCAGGGUCCGCCGCUGGCGCCGUCCGAAAAGGAGUUCAAAAUCAAGAACGUGCCGUCACAGGAAUGCAUCGUCGUGUGCGUUGUGUCUCUGGAGGACAUCGACAUCUCUCCAGAGACGGUGCCGCAGCGGCAGUGUCGCGAGAUCCGCACGGACGCCGCCGCGCCCACGCACAUGGACACGUUUGUGAUCGCGGCGAGUGCGGCCAUCUGCGGCACCAUUGUCAUCGCCGUCAUCGUGUUCAUCUGCUGCAACCGACGGCGCGGCCGCGAACGGAAGGAUCCACUGCCGGCAGUGCUGGCGAACACGCCGGCGCCGCCUCUGGCCAGCAUCGGCACACUGCGCGGCGCCAAGGACUGGGACCAGCUGUCCAUGUACAGCCACCGCAGCAUCCCCAGGGCCAGGAUGUACCAUAUGGACGGAAAGGGCACCUCAAACCGGGACUUCUUGCCGGACGACGCGCGCUCGCAGGUCUCGAGGAGCUCGUGGCGGAGGCGCAGCCUGGCCGACGGUCAGUCUCUGCGCAGCUACUCGGCCAUGUCGGGCCACUUCUCCACACACGGCGGAGGUCACGGCCUCGCGCUGCCCCGGCCAGAGCUGCGAGCCUCGCGCACAUCUCUGGCGUCCGGUUUCGGCGGGGGCGGAGGCGGGGGCGGUGGCGGGGGCGGCGACCGGCGCCGCAGCCGGCGGCAGUCCAUGUCCCGUGACCGGAGCACGUCCCGGCUCUCCAGUCAGUUCACCGACGACACGGACGGCUGGACCGACCACGACAUGGACAUCUACAUGGCGGCCAACGCCACCGCGCGCAACGGCGGGCACAACCUCGUUCAGCUAUGAAGGCCAACCUCGUCCAGCUCUGAGAGCACGAUAUCGAACAUAUCCCCGAGAUAAAGGCGUCGAACAGGUCUGAGGUCAAGGCGUCCAGCAGGUCUGAGGACACAGCCGCGUCCAGCUAUGAGUGAGAGCACAACCUCAUCGAGCUGAGAACAGGGCGCAGUCGAGAUCUGGGGACUCGGUGUUGGCGAGGUCUAGGACCAGGAGCGAUAGCGUCCAGUAACUCUCCGAAGUAGCUGGAUGUCUCAGAAAUGCCGACACACGAAGAGGUGUUUAAUCCCAGCGCCCGUCACCAGAACACACCCUGGCAAGUCAUCCCGGGUGGCGUGGUCGGAGUGGUCGAUUACACCACAGAAGAAACUCGGAGCUAGUGGCAUCGUAGGGGACAGGAACCGCGUGCCUCGAGUGACGAAAUCAGAUCGGCUGAUCGGAGUGUGUCUCAGACAGUCGCUAAGUGCCGGACCGCGCUGGACCGUGAUGUGAGUGUGCGAGUGAGCGAGUGAGCGAGUGAGGAGUGCGCGCCCCGCGGGCGGCAGCGGUGGCGGCUGUGUGAGUCGUCCCGUAUCUCGCCGCCCGGACAAUGCGGGGCAGCACCGGAGUGGCGAUCAUGCUACAGGCCUCAUAAGAAUGUCUUAGUGCCGGUCGUUCGUGAGCCCGUCAAACUCCGGUACACUCCAUAUUCAGAAGCGGCCUAAGGCCUGAUACAGCCCCCCCCCCCCCGAGCAGCGAGACAGCGAUAAACUGUGACCCUGGGCCAGGGCAGCUCGGUGGUUCUAUUUGCAGCCAUAUUCGGUCAUUUCAAACUCGCCGUGUAAUGUCCGAUCGUCAACAGCGAUGCCGUUGUUUUGUAUUUAUGUUAUGUGAUUAUGCUGUAUAAAAUGUCGAUUGUUUAGGGUAGGUGAACGAAUGUGUUGUGCUGUAUGAUGAUUUUGUAAACAAAAAUGCUGGAUGUUUGGGAUAGGUGAGUGAAAGAAUGCCGUCCAGGUGCGAGGGAUUGGCGAGAUAAUCUCAGUGAUGUGAGGGAGAAGUUGUGGGGUGACAUCAGCAGCUGAUGUCUGAGAGGGUCGGAACAUGCCGGAGCCGACUGUGAUGCUAACCGUGUUCCCCGCGUAACGUCACACCCGUGUGACGCUGUCCGGUCCUGUCACGUCACGGCAUUGGUCCAGUGACGUGCGAUGUUAUCAUUCUGGUGAAACACACCGGGAAACUGCUCAGCUAUGAACCAAUAAACGUCCCGUUGUGUG